UGCCAGUCUGUGUUUGGACUUCAUCGAGUAAACAUCUCAGCGGACGACCUGGGCGGCCACGACAGACGGACGACCUGUGACGCAGUAAUCCCACCUUAGUGUAAGCUGUGCUAUGGGAGGAGCGACUCAGGCCAAGCCCCUAAACCCCGCCGAGGAAGAGUUCGAGGUUCUUGACGUAAGAGGCACUGCUCGCUCCAAGAUGUCGUGGAUCCAGCAGUUUGUGCAGGACUUGACCAGGGAACCGGUGACCAAGCAAGUGGUUGUGGGCGGUGUGUCAGGAUGGGUUGUUGGGUACCUGUCCAUGAAAGUAGGGAAGGUGGCGGCAACUGUUGUAGGAGGAAGCAUGAUCAUUAUGCAGCUGGCAGCUCACAAAGGAUACAUUAAAGUAGACUGGAACCGCCUAAACAAAGACCUUGAGAAGAAUGCCAAGAAACUGAAACGCGAAGUGGAAUCCAAUGUGAACGGCAGUGCAGCAGAUCAGAGCACACUGAAAGACACAGCACGUCGGCUAGACAGAAAGCUUGAAAAGGCAGCCGACAAGUUAGAUCGCAAACUUGCACAAGCAGAACAAAAGGCUGACUGGUGGUUUAGCAAGAAAUUUGACUCUGCAAGAAAAAUGUACCGGAAGCACGUGCUGGGGGACUCGAGCAACAUUACCGUAGAUGAACUUUAUAUGCUCAACAUGUAUAUUAUGGCAUUUUCUGUAGGAACAAUGCUUGGUGUAGGAACGGGCAAGGUGAUAUGAACUUAUUAGACAGGAAAGCAUUGGAUCAUUAUUUUCCACAUAGCUGUGUGAUUUACAAAGGCCUAUGUAUUGCUACGUUUAUUGUGAGUAGCAAGGUCUAACAUACAGUCAUUAAGUAUUUCUAUUUCUCCCAUGCAUGGUACAUUUUUUUUGUUAUUUUUUAAUGUUAUAAGUCAGUGUAAGACAUGCAGUGCAAGGAAGGUGUGUGUAUAUAUAUAUUUUUUAAUGCAAUGUCUUCUUGAUGAUGGAAGAAGAAAGUGGUAGGGACAUGAUAAGUCUUCACUUCAAUAUCAUAAUUUUUUUCCCAAGUUCCCUCUAAGUUGCUGAGAUGGAUUUAUUUGUCAAGCUUUAAGGACCAUCUCCUCAGGAGAAAAAAAAAAAUUAUCUCUUCCAGAGCACUUUAGCAUCUACCUUCUGUCACUUAGCAUACAACUGUUUGUGUAUAUAUUCAAACUGUAUACUCUAUACUGUAUACCCUAUACUGUAUAACUGUAAAGGCAUGGGUUAUUAAUUUAAAAUCCAGCUAUGAUCACAGAUUACUUAGUCAACUUUAGGUCCUGGUGCAGUUCUUUAGUUUGCUGAUGUAGGUUUUCUGUUGCAUAAGAGAGAUAGCUAUGGUCAUUCCUUCUUAUUUGAGUCUACCUUCUAGUGAUUCCAACUGAAGUUUUCAAGAGUGUAUCAACAAUCCAGUGAUCUGCUCUAAAUGCAUUCUAGUCGAUUGUAUUACAUUUUAUAAUGAAGUAGUAUUAACGAAAGAGUAUUUAAUUUUCCACUGUUGGAUUGUGUUUAUUAAUCCAUUCCCAGCCUCUGUGAUUGUUUACAUUGUUAUCCUGUGUGUAUCAAUUUUCAGAUAUUCCGACAAAAAAUAUCCUGGUUUCAUUGUUAUGUAACACAACAUAGAAAAAAAAAAUCUCUGAAACAGUUAUGUAAAAUAGUACAUAUGACCUGUACUGUUGUGACAGGUGAACGAUGCGUUGUGGUCGCAAUGAGUCAUUAGUGUCAGGCUUGUGAUUAGGUAAGAUGUCACAAUAAAAAAAAGGAAAAUAAAAAGUUUAACUGAAAAA